AUGGCUGCUUCGCCACGAUUAGGCCAAGGCUUAGCACGCUUGUCCAUCAGAGCUUCUCAGCACAUGCGUUUGUUCCGAGCUACGUUCCGGCUCGUGCCCAAUCCACGCUCGCAGAAAGACGCCUGGCAUCUGUUUGACACGGUCCAUGCGCUCACACUGCAUCCGCAGCUGCAGCUUGCCCAGUUUACCGUCCCGCGGACCGCGUACCAGGGCACACACCGCUGGAUGAACAAAUUGGAGCUGCUCUACAAGACUGUAGACCAGAGGGAUGUGGACGGCCUCGAAGAGCUGGAUAGCGGGCUGCGUGCGCUGCGCAGCGACCAAUUCGAUAUGCAGCUCGAGCGGAUCGAAGAGGUGCCAGAACCUGGCCGGGGGCAGCCGAAUCUGGAGGAGCACCACGUCUUGCUUCUAAAACCGCCUUUAUCUUUCUCCUUCGCCCGUUUAUACUGGGGCCCCCGUGUUUCUCCUAUCAAGGCUGUGCACAUCUCGAAGCUUGCGGACCGGCUUCUGCGGGAAAUCGAUUUGCGGCUUGACAGCACGCUUUGUGGGGGCCAGAUGGCUGACCCACGUGACAUGAAGGCGCUGCUGGGUCUGAUUGAACAGUUCCAGCCAAACCCGCAGCUUCUGGACUCGCAGUUGCGUUCGUUUGUGGGCCGUUUGGUGAAUCGGUACCGUCAAGUGCUGGAAGAUGAGCUGACAUGUGGGGAGCACAUUGGUGUGAUAUUUUACCAUCUGGCCAAAAUCAGAGGCAUCAAGGUGGUCUCCAACUGUCUGACAAGCGAUCUGUAUCUGUUGACGGCAGUUCUUGACAGGGUGGAGAAAUUAGACGAUUCUGAUAGUGCACAGUGGCAGGAGACAUUUUUCCUGCUGGCGUGGCUGUCGAUCCUGGUUCUGGUGCCUUUUCCGCUCGAGAAAAUCAGACCUGGUCUUGCCAAAGCCAUUUUUGAUCUCUCUCGAAAAUAUCUCCAGUCUAGCGGUAAGGUGAGCGACGCGUCUGCGCUGCUGUUGGCGCGGCUACUUUCACGUGCUGACUGCGCACCGUUAUUGCAGAGUUUCGUCGCCGAGAACUUCAACUCGCUCGCGUGGGAGCAAAAGAGCGUAUUUGAACAGCUCGGCCUCCUAACAACGACAAACCACCUAUUCAGGCUGUGCGCCCCACAGACGCUUGAUAGCUUUGGACAGCGUCUGCUGGUGCUGAUUGCGAACCAACUGGACACUCCGAACGCCUCGAGUUUGCGGUUUUUUGUGAAAAACCUCGGCAAGCUGGGCGUCCAUUUCGUGCGGACGGGCAACUACGACGCCGUCGAGGAAAUCUUCAACUACCUAUUUGAUUUUGUCGGGGACGCCAGCACGGUUAUCCGGUACUCUGUGGCGAAGCAGCUGGCCAAAAUCACAAGCCUGCUCCCGCAACAGCUGCGUAACGACGUGGUGGGUGCGCUGGUUGCACAGCUCGAGCUUCCCGCCGACGGCCGCGUCGAUGCCGAGUCGAUCGACGUCGAGCUCUUCCACGGCGUGUUGCUGGCCAUCGGCGAGCAGGCGCGCACCAGACAGCUGGACACGGCGUUCUUGCCCGAGCUGGCCACUCUGCUGCACCAGACGCUUUUCCUGGAGCAGUACCGCGUGACCCAUGCGGUCGGAUCGAAUGUGCGCGACGCGACGUGUUUCAUCAUCUGGUCGCUAGCCAAGGGGUACAAAACUGAUCAGAUGGGCCUUGAGCUGUGGCGGGCAUUUUUCCGCGACCUGGUGCUCUGCUGCUGUUUUGACAAGGAGCUAAUUGUGCGGCGCGCGAGCGCGGCGUGUGUGCAGGAGAUAGUCGGCCGCCACGGCGAGAUUUUCGAUCGCAAUGACAAGCACAGCCUCAAGGUGAAACUGAUCGAGACGCUGGACUACACGGUGCUCGGGCAGCUCGACAGGGCAUUUGCGUUGAGUUUGGACAUUUGCAAGCUGGGACUUUUGCAGAAAGAGAUCCAGACGGCGCUGGAGAAUGCCGUUUUGCACAGAGAUUAUGAGAUUCGCACGCGGGCAGCACGCACGUUAAGAAAACUCGGCGAUAAACAGCUGAUCCAAAGAUAUUUCCAGGAGAAGUUCCAGCCAGGACGGUUUUAUGUACUUGCGGAGUUGCUUCAGGAUGCAACAGAAGUGGAAACUGACAAGUACCACAGGCUUUUCAAGGACUUCACCUUCGACUUCCAUCGAGACCCGUUCCACAAAGGCGAGGAGUAUUUGUAUCUACUAACGGUGCUGUGUCGCGAGGGAUUUAUUGCCAACGACCACGAGCUGGAAACCGUUUUCAACGUCAUCAGAAAUAGCAGCGAGCAGGUUUCGCAGCGGUUCUGCGAGCUCGCGGCCGUGCUCGUGCUACCAGAAAAAUAUAUUACGAAAUGGCUGCUCUAUAUCAAAACCGGCAGUUUGGUGGCUGCGCGCGCUGUUGGACAUGCAAACUGGCUGGAAACAAGAGUUAACGACGUGCUGGGACUCGUGACGGGGCAUGCUGAUGCCGAGCUGCGCAGUUGUCUCAUUCUGUCGCUCGCAGAGUAUCUGCACCGCCACGACGUGGCUGACCACCAAAAACAGACUCUUAUUGCAUGCCUCGAUGACUACACGGUCACUAACCGCGGCGACGUCGGAAGUCUCGUAAGGUCGGCAACAAUGGAUCUGAUUGAGGCCAACAGAGACAAACUCGGCAAUCACGCGCUCAUCAACAGCAAGCUUCUGCGAAUAGCAGGCGAAACCAUGGAGCGGCUGCGUGUCGCGGCGCUGAAGCUUGUGGCAGACCUCAACGAGUGGCAGUUCGUCCCGCCAGAGUCCGACGUGGACCAUUUCCAGGCACUCAUGAGGAUCUACUGUGCGCAUGUCGUGCAGGACAGAGAGCUUUCUCGCGAGUUUUGGAAAGGCUACUGUUUUUCUGCCGGAUCCCAGCAGUCCCUGGCACAAGCCACUAACGCGGCGCUACUGGCGUUUUUCCAAGCCUGGGAGCAGCUAGAGGACAGGAAAACUACACCGCACAGAGCCGCAUAGAGCGUGCUACCAAAACACAGGACGCCUGCUUACGCUUCCUGUGCAAUGCGCUGGAGUUGAACCUGCCGCUGCCAGCAGAGAUUGCUGCACGGAGCAUCUUUGUGCGUGUGUACAACCUCACGCUGGGUAAAACGCACCCAGGACGGCUCGCGGUGGCUAUUCGCGUCUUUGUCCAGCUGGCACUUGCAGACCCGGCAGACACGAAGGGAGACUGUGUGGCACGGCUGACGUGGCUGAGCAAGAAGCAUCCCACCGCAAGCGUUCGGCUGGCUGCCCUGGAAGCUCUGCAGGAGAUUGAGUGCGACUCACUUUAGCACAUCUUUCAAAUUCACGUUUGCACUGCCGCGUGGUGCGGGCUGCGGGAAGUUCUCUCCGGGUUUCCAGCCGAUCAUAAACACAAACCGGAAAGUCGCCGGCAGGUUGCCCGUGCGUGGGUCGCCGUGCAUGGCGUGGUAGAUCGGCUGCAGCGCGAUCAGCAGGUCCUUGCGCAGAGCAGGCGGCGUGCUCAGGAUCGAGUUCGACUCGCCCAUCAGCUGCAGGUCCUUCAUGAGCGCCAGCACGUCCGGAUACUCCACGACGAUCUCCUCGACGUCGAUCGUCAGCAUCUGGAAGCCGGCUUUUUGCAUCAGGGUGCCGACGUCGGAGGACUCGACGAACGGCGACACACGUGGAGAAAGACCGCCGCAGCGCUCCAUCUCGGCCAAUUGCAGCGCCGUGCGCAGCUCGAACAGCGUGUCGCCGGCAAACAUGGACCCGACAAAGCACCCAUUCGGCUGCAGCGAGUUGUACAGCUUCUUAAAGACCGUCGGCAGGUCGUUAAUCCAGUGCAGCGACAAGUUCGACACAAUCACGUUGAACAUGUCUUUUUUCAUCAGUAGCGGGUGCGAAUACGCCUCCUCGUCUGUGUUGAUGCGCUCAAUGUUCAGCAUGGAGUUGAACGGGGCACUUUUAUAUUUAUCUAGCAUAUUCUGCGACGAGUCCACCAUGUAAAUUUUCUCGAUCUUAGAUCGCACAAGGUUUUUGUCGUCGCGCCAUCGCUUGUCGUCGUCGGGGCGGACGUCGCACAGCUGGCGUUCGAAAUUGCCCGCGUUGCAGCCAAAGUCCAUGACUGUCGAAAACGGCGUUUUCAGGAACGCCAGCCGCUCAAUUGUGCGUCUUGCAACCUCGUCCCUGAUAUAUUCCACCAUCUGGCUUUCCUCGUCGCGGGCGGCCCGUUCGCGCUGUUUGAGCUUCAUAUCGCGAUUAAACACAUGGAUGUACGU